UUCCUGGAUGGACCUGGUUCAUCACCUCAGCUUCUCUGGGACUGCCGAUGUGCGCUGUUGCCAGCACCUGGCCCUGCCCACUGUGCGUGGACCCUGUGGGACUGGGCCCUGUCGCUGAGGGCGCUGCUUGGACUGGGAUGACCCUCAGCUGCUGGUUUGUCCACCCUCAUGGAGCAGCCCUGGUCUUGCUUCUCCCUCAGGAUCUCUUCACCUUACUGAAUGAUCAACCGAUGAACAAAGCAAGAUCUACAGCAGGCAGAUCAAUGAACUGAGCCAUGUUCAAAUCCCUGUUAUGUUGAUGCCAGAUGAUUUCAAAGCGUACUCAAAGAUAAAGGUGGACAAUCACCUUUUCAACAAAGAAAACAUGCCAAGUCAUUUCAAAUUCAAGGAAUAUUGUCCAAUGGUUUUCCGUAAUCUAAGAGAGAGGUUUGGAAUUGAUGAUCAAGACUUUCAGAAUUCAUUGACAAGAAGCGCACCCCUUGCCAAUGAUUCUCAAGCACGCAGUGGUGCCCGCUUUCAUACAUCUUACGACAAAAGAUAUAUCAUCAAAACUAUAACAAGUGAAGAUGUAGCAGAAAUGCACAACAUACUGAAGAAAUACCAUCAGUUUAUUGUGGAGUGUCAUGGGAAUACACUUCUUCCCCAGUUUUUGGGCAUGUACCGGCUUACUGUUGAUGGAGUUGAAGUAUAUAUGAUUGUUACAAGAAAUGUGUUCAGCCAUCGUUUAUCUGUUUAUAGAAAAUAUGAUUUAAAGGGCUCUACUGUGGCUCGAGAAGCCAGUGACAAAGAAAAGGCUAAAGAGCUGCCGACGUUCAAAGACAAUGAUUUUAUUAACGAUGGCCAAAAGAUUCAUAUUGAUGAGAAUAACAAAAAGAUGUUCCUUGAGAAACUCAAAAAGGAUGUUGAGUUCCUUGCUCAGUUAAAACUCAUGGACUACAGCUUGCUGGUUGGAAUUCAUGAUGUUGAAAGAGCUGAACAGGAAGAAGUAGAGUGUGAAGAGAAUGAUGGAGAAGAGGAAGGUGAAAGUGAUGGGACCCACCACGUUGGAACCCCUCCAGACAGCCCAGGAAACACGCUGAACAGCUCACUGCCUUUGGCUCCAGGGGAAUUUGAUCCAGCUAUUGAUGUUUAUGGAAUAAAAUCCCAUGAAAAUGCACCUAGGAAGGAGGUAUACUUUAUGGCCAUUAUUGACAUUCUUACUCAUUAUGAUGCAAAAAAGAAAGCUGCCCAUGCUGCAAAAACAGUAAAGCAUGGGGCUGGUGCAGAAAUUUCAACUGUUAAUCCUGAACAGUAUUCAAAGCGCUUCUUGGACUUUAUUGCCAACAUCUUGACGUAACCUAUCAUGUUACAUAGGACAGACACGAGACCUGGGGACAGCAGCAGUGGCUACAAGUGUAGGGAAAAAAAGGAACUCAGAGAAGCGCUCAUCUUGCAGAAAGCAACCCCUUUGUUUACAUCUGCUGGCAAAGAUGACUGAAGUGGGGUGGAGUACUCGCUUUAACAGCUGCCUGAUAUUCCCAGCAUAGUUCUAGCUAUUUCUGACUCUUUUGUGUGUGCAAAAAAAAAAAAAUUAAAAUAAAUUAAAUAAAUAGAACAGCUUACUCAGAGUGCACUGUGACAGUAAUACUCUGAUGCUACCAGCUGAAACGGAAUAAAUGAGCAAAGAGGU